CGCCGUCCGAGUAGGCUAAACGUAACGGUAUAUGCCACGCUACGGAGCUGCUGCUGACCCAGUUUUGCGAUCGCCGCCGUCGUUGUCCGGCCAGUCAGUCAGUCUCGCGUGCGACACCCGGCCGAGCUCAGUCAAACCCAUGUGCGUGGUCUCGCGCGCCCCUACAGUGUACUGCAUGUGGACGACUCAUGUACUUAAAGAUACUAUUCCUUUGGGCACUGCCGUUGGAGCUCAAUGGUUACGGUUACGACGGUUAUAGCACAUGCACGAAACCGUAUCGCAAUGCAAGAGCUAAAUUUCCGGAUUUACCUUGCGAUUUUAACACUCAAUCAUGGUGCAUGGUACCUGGAUCGACGUACCCGUGGCACGCAGUCCGACGGUUCGUUUUCGAGAAUCACGGUUUGAUGAAACGCAUGUACGGCGAACAGCGACACAUAUCAGUGUUACGCGCCGACAUGGACACCAACGAUAUCGAAGGAGGCGUCUGGAACCGACGCCGCGAGGAGUCGUCGUUGAACCGCUACGAUUCACAACCGCCGCCGCCAGCACCAACUUCGGGGACUUCCGCGGGAACCGCUUCGACUAGCAACAGUACCAGCACUACCACCUCGACGACGACCACGACCUCCACCGCCCGACCGUUCAACGUUACCACCGCGUCCGUGGCCGACAUCAUUCCGCCCACGACGACGGCCGUCGCCGAAGACGUGGAAGACGGCACCUCGGACGACGUUACCGUUGACGACCAAAUGCAGUUCGAAACCACUACCGAUCCGAUAGCAUCAACCCAGCGCACCGACCAGGUGCAGGAGCAACCGGGAUUCUUCCAGGAGUCGACCAAUGGUGGCACGGACAACACUCAGAAAUCAAAAGGCAUUAAUGCUUGCCCUGUAAAGGAAGAAGUAGUCGCACCGUUCUGGGCGAACAACACUCGCGGCGAAGUGCUCGCGCUGCUCAAUCUCUAUCCGUUCGAGCAGUACGUCCACUGGGAACGAUGCACGUUCGAGAACAAGCAGAUGUUCUGUCGCCAGGGCUGCCGGUGCGAACAACAGUAUCGUCUGCACAGGCUGCUCGCCUACGACCCAUCCAACGACUGCCGCGGAAUAUUCUCCGACUGGUUCAGGUUCCCGUCAUGCUGCGUGUGCCGUUGCUACGAUCUGCCAAACGACCUGAGGAUCACGUCCCGCAGUCCACGCACCGACGGAGACGACGGCACCAGUGGCAACGGCAACAGCAACGACCUCGACACGUGGUUCCAAAAUCCGUUGAACUCUUAACUUUUACUUUUCUUUACACGAUAUAUUGUAUUAUUAUAACAUAGCCAUGUUUUAUCUUUUCUUUCUCUCCUUCGAUAAUAAUAAUAUUAUUUGUGCCCGCGCAUCAUUUAUAGUAUAGUGUUGGGCAAAAAAAAAAAAAAACCAUUUUCGCGAAUCUUACAAAUCGACGAGUUAUUUGAAAUAUCAUAUUAUACUGUACAUUUCCAUAUAUAUAUAGCGAUAAAUUUAAAAUAAUAUAAUCUCGAUAAAAACAUAAAACGUUCGUUUAAUUAUUUGUCAGUUAACUAAAAAAUUGACAUUAUGUACUAAUUAUUAUCAAUUAAUAAAUCUUGAUUAUAAUAAUAUAAAAAUGCCUAUUAAGGGGUACCUAUAUAUAGUAUAAUCAAUCAAACUCCACUAUUAAUACGUAUAAUAUACAAUCAUUGUUAACCAUGAAUUUUAUUUCGUUUAGUUUUGUUUUUAUUAAUUGUACAAUACAUUUUUUUUAAUUUUAAUAUUAUCACAUUUCAUGCAUGGACUCAUAAAUUAAACGAAUGUGAACAUCGGUCAGUCGUAAGAUUAUUGUUUUUUUAAUUUUUUUUUUUUUUGCCUUGCAUUACUGCAGUGUAUUAUAUACAGAUUUUUAGAUCUAUAUAUAUUAUAGAAGCCAUCUAUAGGUUUAUAAUAUUAUUUUUGUUUUUAAAUGUUUAUUAAAUAUAACGCGUAGGUAUCAUCAAUAUAAUAUACAUGUUGUACAUAAACUUUAGUGUAUAUAUAUUAUUUUUAUAUAGUGUUAAGGUGUUUCUAUCUUGUGAUACAUUUAAUUAAUCAUUACUAUUAUUUAUUUAUUUUAUAUUUUAAACUCAUUCAUUGAUACAAUGAUAAAUUAUAUGUGUAUACUUGUGGUGUACUCACGUGUCCAUAUUUAUAUUUGCUAUAAAUUAUUACGAAUUUAUGAUUUGAAACUGCAAAGUCUAUCGUUUAUGUAUGAAAAUAAUGUUAAAUAAUAAUGUUACAUCGUUGUUAAUAUUAUAAUAUAUUAUACAAUAUACAGAAUAGACCGUAAA